UCUGCCAGAUCCAGAUGUACGACGAGGAGGUUGAAGAUUACGUUGACUUGGAUAUGCACAGCAACAUCCUAAACAAGGCCAAAAUAAGACUGGCACGGAGGAUAGCCCCUCAAAUGGAUCGUGCAGGCCCUGCGUUUGCUGUUCGAGGUGGAGGCAACACGGAAAUGACUCAGUCUAGGUACCCUUCUAGACAGUUGUACCGCGUAGCUGCCGAGAGGCUUGUCAGUGCAUACCCACACCUUGCUGACAGAGUUGGCAGCGGAAAUGGCCUGGACUCGUGGGUCAUGGCAUUGAGAAACAAAUUCAAGAACAUGCGUAAGAAGGCGGAGAAUUGCUCUGAAGAAAUGUUGGCAAAAAAAAGGCACUUCCUGGUCAAGCGGAAACAACAGAUGGCUUCUGGUGAAGCUACAAACAAGAAGUUAUGCCGCCUUUUUGAUUGCAGUCAUCUUGUAGCAUAUGGAGAAACUGCCGAGUCAUUGAGGCUGCACAACGAAUGGCUUCAAGACAAUGCUGGCUGCCAAGAUGAAGAGGCAGUAAGGCCGAGGCUGCUUGCAACAGCAAAAGACAGGCACGAACAACUUCGCAGCCUUACGCUGUCAGAUGCUCUGUUGCUGUUCCCCUUUCUGGCAACUGAGGCAUCGCUUCUCGUGGAGUUUGACCUACUUUUCCAAAGAAACGUGAUGGAGGCAAUGGAGAAUGGCUGCAAGCAGCUUGGUUACACUAUUCUGAGCUUUGGAGAAGCAGAAGAGGUUGUGGCAUUUUCCGAAGUGGGAUCCGAGGAUGCUGUUCUGGCAGCUCUGCAGUUUGUAGCAAAGCGCUGCAAGGAGCCCAUAGAUAGCAUCAUUACGCAGGAAGAAGCCCCGCUGACCCCGUGUCUGGUGCAGGAUGAAGGAUUUGCGCUGCACAUCGACAAGCAACUAGUGUUUCAAGUCUCCUCGCUGCUUUCGGGAGUAGCCUGCCUCUUUGCAUCCUUUUGGGUGUUUCAUGUGGAAUACCCACGAAAGGCGCACAAAAUGUUAACAUUCAUAGAACAUGCAUUUCUGAACUUAACGCACACAAAGCCGCGCGUCAAAGCUCUUCAACUAAUCAAUUUUUUCAGAGGCCAUGCAGACUCCCUGGAAGAGCCAUAGGCUACUAACCAGUGGCCACACUCAAGGCCUAAAAAACUUCU